GGGUGUCUGAACUCUAAAGUAGUUGUUGAUUUGGCAAUUUAACUUCUUGCAAAACGUACAAUGGAACUACCGUUCAAAAUGUCACUUCGCUUCCCCACAUUGGACUUCAAGUCAUUGCCCUUUGGUAAGAACUUAGAGUCUGAACUGCUUGGUGGUGCAGUUGCUCUUGUUGCUGUGGGCCUUACUGCAGCUUUAAUUUACUAUCGCAUGAAGAAUCCCAAAGGUAGCUUGGACCCCCAAAAUUUCAAAGAAUUCAAACUUGUGAAGAAGACCCAGCUGAGCCCCAACGCUGCAAGAUUCAGAUUUGCCCUUCCCACUCCAUCUUCUAUAUUGGGCCUUCCUGUUGGUAAACACAUACGUGCCAGGGGAAGAGAUAGCCAAGGAGAGGAAGUUAUGAGAUCAUACACCCCAAUCACGUUGGAUUCAGAUCGUGGCUACUUUGACUUGGUUGUCAAGAUGUACCCAAAUGGAAAGAUGUCCCACCAUUUUAGACAAAUGAAAGAAGGUGACAGCUUGGCCGUCAAGGGUCCAAAGGGGCGUUUUGGCUACAAACCUGGGCAAGUUAGAGCAUUUGGAAUGAUUGCUGGUGGUUCAGGCAUUACCCCAAUGUUUCAGCUAAUAAGAGCCAUACUAGAAAAUCCUAAGGACAAAACAAAGGUGUACCUCAUUUACGCCAAUGUGACUGUGGACGAUAUUCUUUUAAAGGAAGAACUAGACAACUUUGCGAACAUAUACCCUUACAGAUUCCAACUCUACCAUGUUCUUAACAAGCCUCCUACUGAAUGGAAUGGAGGGGUUGGGUUCAUAUCGAAGGAGAUGAUUGACUCCCAUUGUCCAGCACCGUCCCCAGAUAUCCAGAUACUUAGGUGCGGUCCACCACCCAUGAACAAAGCCAUUGCUAAUCACCUUAACACACUUGGGUACACAUCAACCAUGCAGUUCGAGUUCUAACAGCUCAACUUUUACUCCUCAAAUUCCUGAAAUGCUUGUUAUUUGAUUGUAUUCUACAUGUGUGCUAAGCAAACUUAAUUACUUCAUUCAUUUCGUAAUGACUGAUGAAAAACAAAAUUCAUUUCAUAUUGAAAUCCAACAAAAAGGGCAAUGAUCGAUGCUAGCAAGGGAAGGCACAACACUGAGCUUUAGUGCAAGCUUCCAUAUGCCAAAUAGGCAAAUUCAGCCAGUGCUAGCCGAAUUCAAAUGAAUAAAAUGUCAUCAGAUCUUUCAUCUUUCU